AUGGCAGCAUAUGUAUUAUUGCAGGCCUUGCUGCAAGCGCACGACGUGGUGGCGCGCGAGGUGUACGGCGAGGAGUCGAUGCGCGCGUCGCCGCCGCCGGUCAACGGCCGGGCGCCUCAGCCGCCCGCCGAUGAAGACGAAGACACCGAGCCCGAGUUUGAAAACGUGACCAGGGUGCGCCUCGUGCAGUUCCAGAAGAAUACCGACGAACCGAUGGGUAUAACGCUGAAGCUCGCCGAUGAUGGUCGGUGCAUCGUGGCGCGGAUUAUGCACGGAGGUAUGAUACAUAGGCAGGCCACCUUGCACGUUGGGGACGAAAUUAAGGAAAUCAAUGGAACGCCUGUUGCCAAUCAGUCGGUUGCUCAACUACAAAGAAUGCUGCGUGAGGCUCGCGGCUCCGUGACAUUUAAGAUCGUACCGUCGUACCGAUCCGCACCGCCACCCUGCGAGAUAUUCGUAAGAGCACAAUUUGAUUACGAUCCCUUAGAAGACGACUUGAUUCCAUGCGCUCAAGCUGGUAUAGCUUUCAACAUCGGCGACAUACUUCAGAUAAUCAGCAAGGACGACUCGCACUGGUGGCAGGCGCGCAAGGACGCGGCGGGCGGGUCGGCCGGGCUCGUGCCCAGCCCCGAGCUGCAGGAGUGGCGCGCCGCGUGUGCCGCAGCCGAACGAUCCAACACCGACCAAGUAAAUUGUUCCAUAUUUGGACGCAAAAAGAAACAAUCGAAGGACAAAUAUUUGGCGAAACACAAUGCAGUUUUCGACCAACUCGACGUUGUCACUUACGAAGAAGUUGUUAAACUGCCUUCUUUUCAAAGGAAAACGAUAGUUCUCCUCGGGGCGCACGGCGUUGGUCGACGUCACAUCAAGAAUACUCUGAUAGCGCGCCAUCCUGACCAGUAUGCGUACCCAAUACCGCAUACUACCCGACCUCCGAGACCUGACGAAGAAAAUGGAAGACACUACUACUUCGUGUCGCACGAGGAAAUGAUGGCUGACAUUGCUGCCAAUGAGUAUUUGGAAUACGGUACACAUGAAGACGCAAUGUACGGUACGAAACUUGAAACGAUCCGGCGUAUCCACGCGGAACGACGUGUCGCAAUACUCGACGUGGAACCGCAGGCGCUCAAAGUUUUACGCUCGGCGGAGUUCGCACCUUACGUCGUGUUCGUGGCCGCGCCGCCACUCAAUAACGUAGCCGACUACGACGGUUCGCUGGAAGUGUUGGUCCGCGAGUCUGAACAGCUGCGACGCACGUACGGACACUACUUCGACCUGACCAUCGUGAACAACGACAUCGACGACACGCUCGCACAGCUGGAGGCGGCCCUCGCGCGUCUCCGUUCCACGCCGCAGUGGGUGCCCGUCGCAUGGGUCUACUGA